AUGGUCCGGAACAUUUCCAAGUCGGAGCAGGUCCAUCAGCCUCGCCGCGGCCACCAACAGGAUUUCCGUGCUUCGAGCCAGAACGAGUAUUUCCCCUACAUGUCCGGGUAUUACGUUCCUCAGUAUGGCUAUUCCUAUUACUACUGCCCGCAGCACCGGCAUUUUGCAACCGAAGGUAAUGACCACCGUCCGAGGGUGCACACAGUCCAAAACGAUGGAUGCAGCGGAAAGGGACAUUACGGAUCUCACUCCAUCACCCCUCCUUCGAGUCCCGCCGCCACCACUCCGCAAGGAAAGAGUCGCCACUCGCACUUGACCGAGGAUGAGCAACAAGAAUACAGUAGCCUGACCGACAAGCUGACGUGCCUGGCUAAUCGUAUCUACUUACGCGAGGAAGUCGUUCUUCCUUGCCUUAAGAGUGAGGCCUCUAAGCUCGGCGACAUGCUCGAUAUGGGCAGCAACUCGGAGAAGAACGCACUUGUAGUGGCAAUUCUUUGCCUCGGGGGCGCUGUUGAAGUUAUGGAGGACGAGCUGGACUUCGACAUUGAGCAGCUUCAUGACCUUACCAAUCCUAGUGAAGCUAGGGAGGGGCGCAGCCACGGGGCCGAGAAGUAUUCAGUUCUCGAGAUGCUUCAGGAGGAACUUUUUCCCGCAUUUGAUUACCAGACCUAUGCGACUCACAAGACUGGUAAAUCCUCUAAGAAGGCACCCAAGAUUGAUCCUCGGCCCAAAUCGAAGACCCCCAAGACUCGCAACACUCACUCUCACAAGGAAAUUUAA